AUGGCUGAUGCCGAGAAGAUCCGCCAUAUCUUAAAAGGCAUUGAAGAUGACCCCUUCCAGAUGCUGUUGGCGAAAAAUCCGUCGACAGACUCUGAACUCGUCAGUCUCUGCUUCGACGAACUCCGCAAACAACGCAUAGCCACCCGCCAAUCUCCUCCUCAGGCGACUUCAAUGUCGACCUUGGCUGUUUCCCCGGACAACACGUCGCUGCUGCUACAAAUCAAGGAGUUCGUUCGUGAAGAGGUGGCUCGUCAGCUUUCUCUGAUUCCCCUUACAAGCGGCCAGUCGAAUUCUUCGUUGGCGCCCGCUCCCCAAUCUGUCAUCAAGGAGCAGGUAGCCGACCACAUUCCACCUUCUCUCAAGCAGGCUCCGGUUGCCGCUCCCUUGACGGAUGCCGAAGUCGCUUCGAGGCCUGCACCACGGACCUACGGUCCCCUUCGGCCGCCUUUGCGCCCUGCCGUAUCCGCUCCAGUCCGGCCACUGGUGCACCUUAUCAUCUUCGUCAUCAUCGUCAUCAGAAGCAGCAGCAUCCACGUGCAAUACACGCAAAACGAAAAGAAGAACAAGAAGUCACCGUGCGCGUCGGUCGAGUACCACACCGAGACAGCUCCAAGCAUGGAAAAUCAUGGUGGCAAGGACACAGCUCAGGAGCAUAGCACCGCUGAAAUAUCGGAGCAAGUCGCGGUCAGUGGCCCCGCCAGCGCCGGCCCAACGACGUCACACUCGGCCGAGAAGGUGCACAAGAAGCACAGCAAGAAGCGCACUAAGUCCGCCGAUGUGCACCACGACGGCGGCAAUGGACGGUACGUCGAGCCUUCCUUCAUGGCUCCCGGCGACGACAACUCGACUACACCGGCUCCGACGCCUGCUGCCACUUCGACGACCUACAUCACUAUCCCUGCUCGCCGUGAUCCUGGCGCAUUCUCGGGCAAAGAUGGGGAAGACAUCGAUGACUGGAUCAGCCUGCACGAACACGUCAGCCGCAAUAACAGGUCUCCUGAAAGCGCUGCCGAUUCGUCAUAUGGAAGGGGUAAGAAAGCCAAGCGGGAGCCGAAGGCCAAAGGCAGCGACGCUACCCCAGCGCCGCCAUCUAGCCACGACACCUCGCCGGAGCCUUUGCCGCCACCUGUCGCGCUUGUUGAAAAACCGGCUGCGCCCUCGGCUGCGGUUGCUCCAGAUGUCCACGGAGCACCUACGCCUGUAGACCACGAAAUGUACCCGCCAGCACAAGACGUCCCGGAACUACCCGGCUUUGACAACAGCCUUCCUACGAUUGAGCAGAAGAGACCGAAAAUGUCAAUAAUCCUUGCGAUGAUCGCCAGCGCGGGAAUCAUGUGCCUCAUGCUGGUCGUCAUCGUCAGUAUGCUUCUGUCGAUCCGCAGGCGUGCCAAGGCUACUUGCACGAACACCGCCAGGCCAGCCACCAUGAUUCACGACGGCGUAGAGAUGGCGGCGACAUCGCCCACAACGACCAUCACGACAGGAAGCGAAAACGCCACGAGCAGCCACAGUCACAACCCGGUGGUAGAACAGACUUAGCUCGGCAGCACGAGCUCGCUGACUUCAGUCGUGCAGUAGAGCGCCCACAUUUUUAUCCCGGCCUUGUUCCUUCGGAGGCUGGGAUCACAUUUUUUUGCAAGAGUGAGAGCAACGAAUGUAUCUCGUAUGAAUGAGUGGUGAA